GAUGCUAUGCAAAGUAAUUGUACUUGACUUGCUCAUUUAUAUUGAUGUCGCAGUCAUGCAUAUAACUGUAUACUCAGAUUUUUCCAGUAUAAUACAAUAAAACGAAGCCUUUGAUACCUCGUCAUGUUUUUUGGAUACAUUGAAAAGAAUUGACGAUCUUUAAGGAUACAUGUUUUCGAAUAGGAGCGCACUAUUUGUGUUAGAAGAGCGUGCAUGGAGUUCACUACAUCACAGCGGUCGAACAAGAAGCGAUAUCGAACACUUGAAACAAUCAUGGAGAUUCCAGAGCACUUUAAAGACCUGUCUUUACGGAUGUCCGAAGUACUUGAUGACAGUGGAGCUGGGAAGGAUACUGUAUUGCAGCGUAGAAAAACAUUCUUGUGGAGGGAGUGCUUGAUGCAGGUAGGACACCAACUAAGAGGAAACAACGUUGAAUGUUUUCAUUUCGGGAGCCAAUCGGAAGGGACCACCACUCCCGGUCUCCAGUCUGAUUAUGAUUUCCUAAUGAGUCUCGACGAUGUGAAUAUCAUGAAAGUCUGUGAAGACUGGGAGGCCGGGAAGCAGAACCUUCUGAUGCUCCACGACGACAUCACUCCACCUCAACAGUACUUGUUACAAGCUUACAAAAAUGACACACCAGAACCAGAGACCAAACUGUUGGGUGACACAGUAAGGAAAGAUUCUGGGCAAAUACUAUGGAGUGCUGAAAAAUGGAAACAGGAAAUCGAGUAUCAGAAUAGAAAUCUAGGAGUGAUCACUAAAGCUGGGCCUUCUGUGAGCUGGACGCCUACUUGGGAUACAGUACAAGCAGUUCACGUACGCAAACCUCUCCCUGAAAUACAACACUGGAUAGACAGAUGUAGAGGUAAACACUGGCCACCUGUUCAGCUACUUGAGGCGGCAAGGGUAGCUCCGUGUUUCCUGGUACCAGCCGGUCAUCCAGACAGUGAUUACAAACGCGAAGAAUGGCGAAUGUCUCCGAACCUGAUAGAACGAAUGCUGAUAUUUAGCUUUAACAUGACACAAAUAAAAUGUUACAUUGUAUUAAAACUAAUUAAAAAAUCAUUAUUUGCUAAAAUUGUAGGAGAUUCUAUAACAAGCUUUCAUUGUAAAACUUUAAUGUUUUACACUAUAGAAAGAACACAUCCUUCCCUGUGGUUCGAACAUAACCUUAUGCUUCUACUUUGGCUUUGUGUUAACGUAUUAAAGAAAUGGCUGCAAUUGGGAAAGCUCCCACAUUAUAUCAUACAAGGAGUGAACUUGUUUGAUGGGAAACUGUCUAUGGUGCAGCAGAGACGACUUUUAGUGUAUGUAAACUCCAUGAUUAAGAACAACUUACAGGAUGUCUUUGAUAUUGGUAUAGAUAACAUAGGUUGUCGGUUACAAGCGUGUUAUAUACGACGAAUGUUACAGACUCGAGACAUAAGAGGUUUUUGCUUACGUAAAAGCAUCAGAUUACUGCUGAAGUUUGAGCGCUUGGAAAUAUUUUUCACUCUGUUAACAGGAUUAAUACAUUUAAAACUCAGUUCUAAUACAACAUUGGAGCAAGAUAUAAAAUAUGUAUUACGCAAUGUUUUUGAAUACUCCACAAAUGAAAGAUUGAAAACUCCUGCUCUAGAAUUUAUUAAACACUUGUAUGCGUUCCAAAAUUCAAUCAAAUCAUCUUAUUGUUUGAGACUACAAAAUGUUGUAAACUGCCAAAUUAUAUGUUGUUUCCAAUAUUUCUUAAACACGGAUGUAGCUUCUAGUCGCUUAAAGUUGGCUUCUAUACUGUACUGUAGUGGUCAUCUUCAAGCGGCAGCUAGAGUUUUGGAGGAUGUGGAGAGUAGGUAUGACAACAGGGUCAAGGCUGUUUGUGGAUGCAUACGAAAUCAAGGAGAAAGAGAUUUGAAGGUGUUUGCUAAUAUGCUAUCAGGUAACAGCGCAAAAGGAUUCAGCGAAUUGCCAUUCGCAUCUUGUGUCAGGUUUUUUAGGCAAGAAUCGUAUUGCGCUCCUUUCAUAUUAUUGUUUGAAAUGAAUCGCAAUAUCACUGAAGAGGAAGUUGCACAAAGAAAAUAUAUUGAUAAACAAUGGAUGGUCAAUGCUGAGGUGGAUGCUCGUCCUUUCCUCCAAUAUCUAAAGUAUCUCACGUACGGAGGACUCGGUGAACGUGACAAUCAGCAACAUGCAUUAGCAGUAUUGGAGUCUUAUAUAUGUGAUUUUAGCAAUAGAAUUCACCUGCAUCACACAGAAACGUUACUUAACUUGCUGGGACACUGCUAUGAAAUGGAAAGAGUCCAUAAUGAGGCGUUAUAUUACUACAGAGAAUCUUUGCGUGGUUAUGGUACUAACAAUGCCGCUAACUGGCACGUCCGGCGUGUUCUGCGUCUUUUAACUGGAUAAAAAUACGACAGAAACAGUUUGCUUGUGCAUAAUAUUAAAAAAAUGAACUUUAUACGCCUUUCAAUAAUAAAGGUUUUGUGAUUAGUUAGUUUGGAAUGUAUUAUGUAUUCAAUGUUAUGCAAUAUCAGGAACCGCAAUUUAUAUUUCGAAAUAUUAACAUAAUUGAUUUGUUAUGCAUGUACUGUUAUGAUUGUCUCACAUAGCAGGGUCUAUGUUGUACGUGUUGUGAUGUUGUUUUGUUUACUGAUUACUGUCUGCCAUAUGCAAUGUAAAUUAAUUUUGUGAAUAAAUGUCUUGAAUGUAA